AAUAUUCUUUCAUCUCAAUAUUUCUCUUCAUCUCAAAUCGGAGUCUAUCAUGAGAAGCUGAGAAAGUAGUGUCUCUCAGAAGCUCAAAGCUUCUCAUCAAUAAUCCUCCAUGGCUAAGACACUCAUCUCCUCUCCCUCCUUCAUCGGAACUCCACUCCCCUCCCUCUAUCGCCACCGCUUCCCCCACCGCCCUGCCAGACUCAAGCCGACGCUGCUGUCGCUACCGCCGACUCUGCUGCCACCGCCACCGGGACUUCCACCGAUGCCGCCGCCGACACCGUGCAGAAGAACGGAGGCUGGUUCGGAUUCAUCUCCGAAGCCAUGGAGUUUGUUCUCAAGGUGUUAAAGGAUGGUCUUUCUGCUGUGCAUGUACCUUAUGCAUAUGGAUUUGCUAUCAUAUUGCUCACAGUUGUGGUUAAGGCUGCUACACUUCCCUUGACAAAGCAACAGGUUGAAUCAACACUCGCUAUGCAAAAUCUUCAACCAAAAAUUAAGGCCAUUCAAGAAAGAUAUGCCGGCAAUCAGGAAAGAAUACAACUUGAGACAUCAAGGCUAUAUAGGCAGGCUGGGGUUAACCCAUUGGCAGGUUGUUUACCAACAUUGGCUACAAUUCCAGUAUGGAUUGGUCUUUACCAAGCUUUAUCAAAUGUUGCAAAUGAGGGAUUGUUAACAGAAGGUUUCUUUUGGAUCCCAUCUCUUGGAGGUCCUACUACCAUAGCUGCUAGACAAAGUGGAGCUGGAAUUUCUUGGCUUUUCCCUUUUGUGGAUGGUCAUCCACCAUUGGGUUGGCACGAUACUGCUGCAUAUCUUGUUUUACCUAUUCUUCUUGUUGUUUCUCAAUACGUCUCCAUGGAAGUCAUGAAGCCACCUCAGACGAAUGAUCCUACCCAAAAGAAUACACUUCUUAUUUUCAAGUUUCUUCCACUCAUGAUUGGUUACUUCUCUCUCUCUGUUCCAUCCGGGCUAACAAUUUACUGGUUUACAAACAAUGUCCUGAGCACAGCUCAACAAGUAUGGUUGCGCAAAUUAGGAGGUGCAAAACCUGUUGUAGAUGAAAAUGCUGGUGGAAUUAUCACAGCAGGACGUGCUAAAAGAUCAGCUUCCCAGCCAGCUAAAGCUGGUGAAAGAUUUAGGCAGUUAAAAGAAGAGGACAAAAAGAAAAAGUCAAGCAAGGCACUACCAGUGGAAGAAGUUCAACCUUUGGCAUCUACUACUGAUUCUGAUGAUGGCUCAGAUGAAGAGAGUAACAAGGGAUCAGAAGCUGCACAAGAAGAAGCAUAUGCUUCUACAGUUGGCAAAGAAGUUAGUCUUGUAUAUUCAAUAGAUUGCAUUGCACCAUUUUUGGAUUGGCCAUUCAAUUGA